UAUCCCGGUAACGGCAGCCCAACAAAGGCCCUAUUAACUCGAUCAAUUGCUGAUGUUCCCUCUGAGAGUACGAUUCCACCCGGGGGAAUAUAGAGUUACGCCGUUCUCUAAUGCAUAUAGAGAGGGACUAAGAUACGCGUCAAACAUACAGUAUGCUUGUGGUGAGCAACCUGUUCUGAAGAGUAUAUUUCAGCUACGUCUACGAACAAGAUGGUGGAUUUUGUACGGGAGGAACAUACGAAAAUUGCCUGAGAGUUGUCACCGGAGAACCCAGGAAUAGGAAUUGUAAAAACUUUUCAGCGCAGAUUCGACUUUUUGAUAUGAAGGAUCUUAAAAGGACGGUUGUGGUGAUCAUCAUUACAAUACAAGUGCUGCCAUGUUUGAUUACCGGACAAUCAGUUGGAGCGCCAACCAUGGCAACACCAAGCGUGGCACCUGGCGGCGCAGAAGGAGGUAUUGGUUCGGACAAGACUACGACAGGAGUGUACAACACCACAAGUCACGUGACAAACUCUCGCGAGACAAAUACGACACUAGAGCAAACGAGACUUCUAGACUUUAUGACGUUGCCAAUAGAAAAUGGGAGUUCAACACUCGAGGGAACUCUUUUUCCUCUCACAAAUAUCACACUACAGCCAGAUCUGAGCUCAACAGCAAAUACGAAAAUCACUAGUGACUCUGUGGAAAAUGUAAGUCCUUCUGAGCAACUGACAGACGGAGUUAUCGGCGAUAGUUCAGUCACAAGAACAAGCGUGUCUCAAAGUAUACGUAACGUGCAUGAUGCCAAUCUAACGACAGUAGCCACGACUGGCGCAUACGUCACAGAUCACGUGACAAACUCUCGCGAGACUAAUACGACGUUACUGCAGACAAAAAGGCCUAACGUUAUGACGUUAUCGAAUGAAAAUGGAAGUUCUACAUUUGAAUCUUUUGACUUUCUUUCUAGAAAUAACUUAACAGAGCCAAUUCUGAAUUCCACAGCAAAACCAGAAAAUUCCAGUAAAAAUGUCGUUAUGACAACACCGAAUGAAAAUGUAGAUUCAACAUUCGAAUAUCUCGACUUUCUUUCUUUAAAUAGAUCAACGGAUCCAACUCUGAAUUCUACAGCAAAUCCCCAAUUUACCAGUGAAAAUACGAGUGUGUACCAAAUGACAGGCAACCCCACUGAUGAAUUGCUAAGAAACAGUUCAGUCACAGGCCUUGGUGAAGAUUCUCACAGUGUUAUUAGGUUGCAUGAUAUCCACAUUACAACAGUAGCAACUACUGGAGUACGUAACGUUACAAAUAACAGUGACACAAAUACGACACCGGAUACAGGACUUGUAGACGUUAUGACAUUACCAAAUGAAAAUACGACACUUGAAUCUCUUUCAUUUCCUUUUAUAAAUACAACAUCAGAGCCAACUCUGAAUUCCACGGCAAACCCCCAGAAUCAAAGUAAAAAUGUGAGUGUAUACCAAACAACAGAGGGGUUCAUUACAAAUAGCUCAGUCACAACAAUCGUUGACGAAUAUCAUAGUGUGAGUUCUUUGCAUGAUAUCAACAAUACAGCAGACGCAACAAAUGGGGCACAGGACAAAGCAAAUACGACUUUUCAAUCUCCUUCAUUUUCAUUUAAAAAUACCUCGACAGAACCAAGUUUAGAUACCACAGCAAAUCCCAAAUAUACUAGUGUUCCUAGUGAAAAUACUACAAGCGCUUCGGACAAAAUGACAGUCUCGUCGACGUACUUGCAGAUAUCUAACAGUACUGUCACGGAAACAGUUCUAAAUACGGUGGACCUGUAUGAUAACAACUAUACGACAGAGGAAACGGCGACGACGAUGCCUUCUGUUACAUACAGGAGUCAAACAGACGGAAUAGUAACUACAUUGCCGUUUACAGGGAACCCGGAUGUUGGAGCGGGUCAACCAACGGCGGCAGAGGAUGGCAUCAGCACUGUACGUUCUGAUAUAUCCUCCGUAUCAAUUUACAAUCAUACUGACUUAGGAAUUACACAUAAUCGAAGCAACCUAGAAAACAAUGUUACGAGUCAAAACGCUAUUACCACAGUGGCACAUUCAGGUGGUACUUAUCAGACCACAACAACCAUGAGAACACUGGAAGCAAUGUCGAGUACAGUACAUGGAAAUACUACAGGAGAUGCAGAUGAAGAUUCAACGGCUGCCAUUACGAGCUACAGCGUUGAUACUCAUCCCCCUACCCCAGCACAUACCCAAGCCCAUCCCUCCCAAAACUUCACACCUUCAAAUACCACACAACCAUUCAAAUCUCACACCACUCCCAUGUUUAACAUAGUUGCCUCUCCCAGCAUUUUCUACAUUGGUGAUUGGGACAAGCCUUCCAAUCACACUGCUCCUGCAACUGUUCCUAACACUACUAACCCCCCAACCACCACAGCACCUUCGGUGGCAGCAUCACAAACGCAGCCCAUUGAACGUACCUCACGGCAUUCUAGUCUUACCACUUUGAUAAGGGCUGUAACAAGUUACAACUCAUCCACACUAUCUACCCUCCCUAACACACGUUCCAGAACCAGUUCAGAACAUUUGCAGAGAACAUCGUCAAAGGAAGAGCACACGGAUAGUACGAUGCCUUCUAUCCCUCAUUCAGGCACUCAAACAACUACAGAAAAUUUACUUAGGACGUCGUCUACUGAAGAACGCAUGGGAGUAACAACAACGUCUUCAACCUUGAGUGUUUCCUUAAAGGACACGAUACACAGCACAUCAACUCCUGGUGAAGCACUGGUGACACCAUCCGUAUCUACCCCAUCCACUAGCACAACGGUUAUGUCUUCGUCACUCGUAAGAGAAACCACACAUCAACAGUCUACAUCAUCUUAUACUUUGCCUGUUUUAACAACAAGCCACAUAUCAUCCUCACAGCAAACACCAUUUACCCUAACCCCAUCACUAACCCUUCCCCCUAGCACAACCUUACCCUCUUCCACACCCAUACAGCCUGAUCAAACUAUGGCUCCAGAUACCACUUUAGCAGCCUCUACAAUGGCCACAACAAUGAAGAUCACAACUGCAGCACCAACUACGCAAUCAACAACAACAGUACCAACAACAACAACUACUACAACAAGAAUGAAGACUACAACGGCUAAGGUGACAACUGUGAAGCCAACUACAGCAAAAGUGACAACGGUAAAGGCGGCGACAGUGAAGGCUACAACGGCGAGACCCAGAGUUACAUCUAACACCACAGUGCUUACGACGACGACUACACCUGCACCACCCUACCUGGUGCAAGCCCCACCCCGGACUGCCAAUCUAGUCCCAGACCAAAUACCAUCAGAGAUAAUCGUAUCGAUCUCAACAAUAAUCGUGUUCGAUAAACCAUGGCACCGAGAUCUCGCCCGAGCCUGGUCACGAGAGUACAAGACGUUCACAGGAGCUUUCAGCGCAACGAUGCUUACAUACUUCGAGUCCGUCAGGAACAGUGGGUUUGACAGACUGCUUGUCGAUAAGUUAAGCUCUAUGACGGUACAGGUUGAGGAGAGUAGUAACAGGAGGAAGAGACAGGUAGAGGAGUACACGGCUGUGUCAUACAUCGUGCAGUAUGCCUACAAAAGGCUCAUGGCGUCAGGAGGGGUCGACAGGGUGCUCCGGAGAACUGGCAUUCCUGCAGCUGUCAAGGAUAGAAGUCUAAAUGUGGACGGUUUCACCCCUGUAGGAAGCACGGAGCUCAUCUUCACAAGUCAAGCAGAAGUUGAUAAAGAAGCUUUGAAAAAGCUAGUGCAGUUUGACAACCCCUGUCAGUACUACGAGUGUGACAGAGGCUUCAGCUGUCAUCAGGAUGAAGUGGAUAACACAAAGUUCUCCUGUAUCUCACGAUGUAUGGUCAACUUCUGUCUCACCAAAGGAUUCUGUACCCACUUGCUGGAAGGUCACCCAACAUGCAAAUGCGACUCUACCUCAGGCGGUUGGUACACCGGUGAGCGAUGUGAGUACUUCAUCUCACACGUCGCUGCCGUCUGCGCUGCAGUGGGUGUACAGGCUGUCCUGCUGGCCUGUGUCGUCUUCAAGCGUAGGAAAGACAGUCCCUACCUCCUGCCUGUUAGAAUAGCACCUGCAAAUUCAUACACCCGAUCUGUCCAUGCGUUAGGAAAGCGUUAAACUGCAGCAUAGGUGUCGCUGCUUACAGAUGCAAUCCCAAACGCAAAGUACGUGGACAGUCCCUACCUCCUGCCUCUCUGAAUAGCACCACGGAAUCCUACACACGAUCUGUCCAUGCGUUAGGGAAACGUUAAACUGCAGCAUAGGUGUCGCUGCUUACAGAUGCGAUCGUUAACGCAUAUUUACAUAAAAAUUAUAUACAUAGACAGUCCCUACCUCCUGCCUGUUAAAAUAGCACCCACAGCAUCCUACAUGCGUUUUAUUCAUGCAUUAGACGUCAGUUUAACAAUGUACAAAACAGUGUUUAUGUCAAAUGACCUGCAUAUGAGGAUUUGGAUUCUACAAAAGACCUAUUGUCUUCAAUUUUAACGUUACAUAUUGUAUUGAUGUGGGACACAAAAUUGUAUCUACCUUAAGCAAUGAUGUGUUACAGACCGUAUAAAAGGUAGUAAUGACUCUGAAUUUCCUAAAUGUAACGCUAUGUGUUGUAGUGGGAACUGCUCUGCAUAUAUCAUAAGGACAGAACUUUCCAUAUUUUAAAAGACAAGCAGUAGAUAUCCAGGGUAAUAAUUAAUUAACUAUAACCAGGUAAAAAAAAUUGAAGAGUUGCAUUACUUAUCCUAAAUGAAUGUUAUGAAGAAAAAUAUAUAUAUUACCUCAUAUCAUAUAGCAUACAUGUAUAGAAAACCGAUAUUUAUGUACAAAACUUGGUAAAGACAUGCACGUCAAUUAUAUACAAAUUAAUAGUCAAGUUCAAUUUCGUUUACGAGGAUGAUAACACACAUCUGUAGAAAUCACUAUGUUCUUCAGCAUAUUAUAAUGGACGUGGUAUUUUUCAGACUAAUAAAGAUGGAUUAGUUGUUGCUAAGGAAAGACAACAUCGCA